UAGAAUCCGCGUCUGACGCACGUCCGGUACUUUUGAAGAUGAUGACACUGGGGCGCCCAUCCUGCUGCAUUUUGCACCAACAGAGGACGGAACUGGCAAGGGAGCCCUCGAAUCUAGUUAUCCUUUCCGUCUGCUCACAGGAUAUCUUAACUCCAACCGCGUCCUCGUCCCGGAGUUCACGUUAUCCGCUACACGAACUCUGCAUUUUGCGCUUCACCACACAAGCGUAACGAAAAUGAUCCCUCCAUCCUACUCAAACCACUCCCGCGCUUCCCCUUCCGCAUCAUCAAACUCGGAAAUACGAACACAAUACCCGCCAACAGCUUUCCUACAGUUCCCACAUGCCCAGCUCCUAUUCUACCCUGGAUCGGGCCCGUCGUGGCAGGCUGGCGCGGCGAUGGUCAACAAAGCGAUUGGGAGCAUGUUUGCAUGGCUGAAUGGCGUGGCUGGGCCGGAAGCGAAGAAUAUCACUGUGAAUCUGGUCGACGGGCAGCUCGACAUGGCAGCGAGGACCGCGGAGCCGCAGGAUGUCGGAUUGGACGUGUACCUGCAGUCGCGGGAUGACGCUUGGAUGAAUUUCUUAGAUGGGGUUCAGGGCCUCGUUCAGGAUGUGCCUGUGUCUGGGAGGACAUUGACAACCUUGGCCAGGACACUGCCGCCCCUCCGGGAAACCGUCCCUGCCGAAAAGUUCCCGCAAAUCAGCGAGCAGAAAGAGCGUAUGAAACAACGCAUGGCGUCACUGAUCCUAAGCAUGGGAGACGGCACAUGCACAAUCGACAAGAAAGCUUUGCAGAACUCCAAAGAGGUUGCAGAGAUUGUCAGUCAGCUUCAAAGUGCGUUCGAGGUUGAGACAUUGCAUGCGCUGUAUGAGUGUUGAUUCCUGGGGGAACGCGACGUUCAACACGCAUACCUCGCCCCGUCGGACUACAGGUUGAUGCGCAGGUAGCAUGCUGCCAAUUGUUGUGGAUGUGUUCCUUGCGAGCAAACGUGGUGCAUGUAAAGGUCCGAGUUGGGCCGUCCAAAUCGGAAACUCGGACGUAUUUAGCGGCCGCCCGACGGGUUCUAGCGUAGACGAUGGUUGAUGCUGUGUAUGAUCCCUAGAAUUGUAGAUACAAAGUUGCUCAUCCACAAAAGCGUAUGCAUGAAGCGGAUGUGUCUCGGAACUUAUACAUCGAUACGACUCUUUCGA